AUGGCAGUGGCAGCAGCUUUCGGAACACUAGUUUCUCUUCAAAAUAAUCUACGCCUUAUCUACGAUCACCCCAACUAUACCUUUGAGUUAGAACAAAUUGGAUCCCUUUGGGAUAGUGUCUGUUUCCUGAUCGAUUUCAUUGAAAGCUACGAUGAUUCUCAUCGAUCCAGAAGAGAAACAGCAGAAGCUCUAGAGAUGCGAAUUGUGCGUGCAGCUCAAGUGGCAGAAGAUGUGAUCGAAGCACAUAUGGUGCAUCAGAUCCGUUGUGGAAAGAAGCGAUCAUCUCGUUUCCUGCUGGAUCUGCAGAAAGCAACCCAAGGAAUGGACUACAUGAGGAGAAAGGCAUCAAUCGUGAGUUCGCAAAGUGGAUUGUCGGAGCCAUCCACAAAUUCAUCAUCAUCCACAAAGUCAACGCCUCUUCUCACCUCAUCCAUGGUCGGAUUUGAUGAUAUCUUACUUCAACUUCUGCAUCAGCUCACCAGAGGCCCCUUGAGUCGACGAGUCAUCCCCAUCGAAGGCAUGGGGGGAAUCGGUAAGACUACUCUUGCCAUAAAUGCAUUUAAACAUCCAUAUAUCGUGCAACACUUUGAUGUUUGCCUCUGGGCAACAAUAUCUCAAGAGUAUAGCAUUCACAAAAUUUUGUCACAACUCUUGUCUUGUGUGAGGGGAUCCACUAGUGGAACUGUUGAUGAGCUGCGAGAAAGGUUAUACAAGAGUUUAUUCGGGCUAAGGUAUUUGAUUGUUCUAGAUGAUAUGUGGAACCUCAAAGCCUGGGAUGAUAUGAAUGUGAAAUCCUUGUUUCCGGAUACAAACAAUGGAAGUCGAGUUGUUGUGACUACUAGGAAUGCGAAUGUAGCCAAUCACUUGGGCGAUUGUGUUGAAAUGGGUUUUCUGGAUGAGGACAAUAGUUGGCAUCUAUUUUGUCAAAAUGCAUUUGCAGAGCAACAAGGUUGCCCUCCUGAGUUGGAGGAGACUGCAAAGAAGAUAGUUGCACGGUGCAAAGGACUUCCCCUCGCAAUUGUUGUUGUCGGAGGCCAUCUCAGGAAGUCCCCAACGGCUCUAGCCUACUGGGAGAAUGUUGCACAAUCAAUUUUGUAUUCUACACAGAUUGAUGAGCAAUGCUUGAAUGUGUUAUCUUUGAGUUAUAGAUACUUGCCUGCUCAUCUAAAGCCAUGUUUCCUACUCCUUGGAGCAUUUCCAGAAGAUGAACAGAUUAACGCACAGGAUGUUCUUAAACUUUGGAUCGCUGAAGGAUUAAUAGAACAUUUUGAUAAUCGCAUAUUGGAAAAGGUUGCAGCGGGUUAUUUAUGGGAUCUUCAUAUGAGAAAUCUCAUAUUAGUGGAUGAGUUGGGACUAUAA